CACUACAUCCCUAUUACCCACCUUGCAUUUGCUGAUGACCUAAUCCUCUUCACCAAAGGGGACUCUCACAAUAUCUCCAACAUCAAGCAGCUUCUUUCAGACUAUGAAGACUGCUCAGGACAGCAAAUCAAUCGUGGUAAAUGUUCUUUUUACACUCCUAAAAAGACCCCCCUAGCUACCCAAAGGAAAAUACAACACUCUCUGGGCAUGAACAAGGGCAGCCUGCCCUUCAAAUACUUGGGAAUCCAAAUUCAUCAAGGAAUCAAUUGAAAGAGCUACUGCCAUGACCCCCUAAACCUCUUUGACAUCAAACUUAAAGGAUGGUACCAUAAACUCCUAAGCCAAAGUGGCAGACUUACCCUAAUCAAGCAUGUCCUAAACACCUUGCCACUCCAUAUGCUGGGAUGCAGCAAACUUCCAAAGAGCAUCAUCAACUGCCUCCACUCCAAAAUGAAUAACUUCCUAUGGGGCCAAGACAAAUACCAUUGGUCCUCCUGGGAGAAACUCUGCUACCCUCAGGAUGAGGGGGGUGUGGGUAUUACCAAUCUUAACACUCUUCAGCAAGCUUAUGGGUUCAAGAUGUGGUGGACCUACAAUCAAAAUAACUCUUUGUGGGCUAAGUUCAUGAGGGCCAGAUAUCCUAGAGGCCUCAACAUAGCCCCCAAAAUCACUGAUUCUAUUUACUGGAAAAGACUCAUUGAGGUUGACAACUUGGCAAAUAAUCACCUCAGUUUAGACAACCAGGGCAGAGGUAUUUGGAUGAAUGGAGUUGUUGGUUUCAGCAUGAAGAAGGCAAAAAUUCAUUGAGAGAGAAAAACCACACCCACCCAUUCACUAAACUAUCCUGGAACUCCAAACAGAGCCCUAAACACUCAAUAUUCCUCUGGAAAUUAUGCUUUGGCUACCUCCCCCUCCCCCAUUUACUAACUAGAAUGGGAUUCCAUCUCCCUUCUAUUUGUUUUUUAUGCAGGAACAGCGAGGAAGAGACAGAAAUGGAAGCUGCAUACGAAGGAGUGAAAAGACGCAUUUUCAUCAAUUGUCCAGUCAACCUUUUCAUUGACUCCAAGGGUUCAUGCCGAGUCUUCUCUGUUGGCUGGAACUUGGCGGUACUUUCAACAAAAUGGAAAUUUCACCAUGUACCGGUCAGACUCUAGGUCGUGUUUUGAGUUAAAGCAAUUGCGUUUUACUGUCUAGUUUUUUGUUGUGGUUCUAAAUACUAUCAAAUUGUUGUGGUUCUAAAUACUAUCAACCUCAGAUUUCUAGAUUCUAGGCGUUGCGUAUCAGAUGUGCAGAUUUCCCGGUAUGAUUGAAACGUUUUCUCUGAUUGCUCGUCUUGAGUUUAUGGAUCCUUCCCUUAAUAAUCCCCUGACAAUUAUUUCAGCGUGUAUGUUGGGCUAUUUAUAUUCAAUUUUGGGAGAUGGCAUGAGACACCAUCUCAGGGAUUCCUCCUAGAUUUUUAGACUCAAAAUCUGGCCAGAAUUCAUCCUUGGGCUACAAAAACUUUGCACAAACAUCCAUAAAGGUUUGCUCAGUCCCUGUAGUUGGGUAAAAGGGUGACCGUUACUCACAGGUGUCUACUUCUCAGUCCUACCCCAUUACAGGUAACGAAUCUAAUAAUUGCCUAUUUGUAUUAUUUGAUGUAAUGGCUCUGAAAAUCAGGAAAGGAUUGAAGGGAACAUUGCCUACAGAUUCCAAGAUAUCACUUUCUUCAAUGGGUCUAUGGAACUAAUGGCCGUCCCUAAAAAAGUUAUUCGUCACAAGAGGGGGGAUACGAAAUGGACCAAAGGCAUUGAAACCUCAACCUCUGAUAAGUACUUUCAAUAUCUCAUUGCACCCAAACUUCGGGUUCAUACUACUUCAUGUUCGGGUCAAUGCGGGUUCAAGUAGAGAACUAUAUGUUCAUCACCAUUAUCAUUCGGUUUGGGUCGACCCAACGGGUUAUGACUUUGAUUUUAAACAAAUUUUAAGUUCAUUUUAACACUUGCAUUUUUCUUUAAGUAAAAUUAAAAUAUUUAAAAAAAAUGUACUACAUCUAUUAUAUUAUUUUAUUUUAAAUUAUGAAAUGAUUUUACCUCUUAGAUCUAUAUAAUUUGAAGCUCCAAACAAUUGAAAUACAAUCUAAGACGAAUAUUUAGGCUCGAGCUUCUCGAUGCUACUAUAUAAUCACUACCUUCAUCGCUCACAUCCGCCAUGUGAAACUUUGAACAAAACAAAUAAAUCACCCAAGAACAAAAAUAAUAUAUAUACAUAUAUAUAUAUAUAUAUAUAUAUAUAUAUAUACAUACAUAUAUAUAUAUAGAUAUAUAUAUAUACAUAUAUAUAUAUAUAUACAUAUAUAUAUAUAUAUAAUGUAUUUGUAGACUAAAACAUUUAAUUGUGGAACAGUCUCACCUUUUUGAUGAUCUUAGCCAAAAGGUCAAGAAACGUAGUUAAAAAUUUAUUUUUUAGUAGAUGAGUUCCACCAUGUUAAAAUUUAAACACAACACAGUAAUGAAAAAUAUUACAUAUAUACUUGGCUGGAGAGUCAAUUUGACAAUAUUCACCUUGGUAAGAGAUUUUCCUAUUUAUUAACCUCUUUCAUGUCCUAUUUGAUGACAGGGUUCAUGCUGAGUCUUCUUUAUUGGCUGGAGCUUGGCGGUACUUUCAACAAAAUGGAAAUUUCAACGCCUCCACCAAUCAACAAAAUGGAAAUUUUACCAUGUACCGGUAUUGGUUUUCCUCUUUUUGUCGGAUAUCUCCCAAAAAAGAAUUGUGUUAAUAUGAACUGCUGCACUCUAAUUAAAACCACACUAUUUAAAAUUUAAACACAACACAAUAACGAAAAAUAUUACAUAUAUACUUGGCUGGAGAGUCAAUUUGACAAUAUUCACCUUGGUAAGAGAUUUUCCUAUUUAUUAACCUCUUUCAUGUCCUAUUUGAUGAGAGGGUUCAUGCCGAGUCUUCUUUAUUGGCUGGAGCUUGGCGGUACUUUCAACAAAAUGGAAAUUUCAACGCCUCCACCAAUCAACAAAAUGGAAAUUUUACCAUGUACCGGUAUUGGAUAGUGAAUGUGGUAAUUUGUGG